CCGCACGUGCCCCACCUUGGUUCCGUGGUGGUGCCACACUGAACGACUUUUGCCGCUGAGUCAAAAUUGGAUUCAACCUCAUCUUGAAGACCAGGAUUCAGCAACUUGUUCAUAUCGCCACCGGUCCGAUGAAAACCUGUGCAUGAUAUUACAACUUGUGCAAUGAAAGAAUUACCGAUCCAGCCCUCGGGCAUCUUCUGGCAAGACGACUUCAUAACAGCCGAGCAUGAGGAAAAGUUAAUACACAUCUUCCGCAACCAGCUUUCUUGGCCAGAUCGCUCCGGCCGACUUUCCCUGCAUUACGGCUACACCUUCGACUACAAAACCUUCGGCGUGGACCCCAAUAUUCCCUUCAACCCUUUUCCAGACUGGUUGGAGCCGCUACUUCCCACACGCGAGGGCAGACCACCGGAUCAAGUUUGCCUGCAACACUACCCCCCUGGCGCCGGUAUUCCACCUCAUGUCGACACGCAUUCCGCAUACGAUCAGUUGUAUGCGUUGUCUCUGGGAUCGCCGGUCAUGAUGCAGUUCGCGCUACCUCCGGAUGAGGGCGAGGAAGGAAGAAUGGUGGAAGUAGACCUUACGCCGAGGAGCAUGUUGCAGAUGUCGGGAGACUCGAGACUGCACUGGAAGCACGGCAUCAGGAAGCGGAAGACAGAUACGUUACCUGAUGGAACAGUGCGUAAACGGGGAGAUCGGUGGAGUAUCACAUAUCGUUGGAUCAGGGAACCGGCCGUAUGUGGCUGUGGGAACGCGAAGCUCUGUGACACGGCGCAGAGGGAGUUAGGCAUCGAGAAGGAGUAUCGUUGGAAGAAAGGCGACGAGGAUGUCACAGCAGGCGAGGAAGAAAAGAUAGAGAACAAGGCUGCAUAAAAUGGUUAGAAGUCUGUGCUAUCUACCUGCAUCGAUGACCGAUAUUCUGUGCUGAAUCCUUCCACGUCGAAGUACUGUCUGGUCAUGUCUAGAACGCUCCUAGAUGCCGAAGAUCUCGUCUAUGGGACUUUAUGACUUCACAGCGUAAGACCGGCGGUAUACAUCAUCGAUAUUCUGCAAGUAGUACGUCCCGGGAGCCA